AUGUCGUCGUACGAUAAAAAGUGUCUGCUCAUCAAUGCCGAGAUCGACAGCCAUGGCAUGGGCCGCUAUCAGUGGUACAUCUGGCUGUUGUGCGGUUUCGGAUACCUCAUCGAUUUGCUAUGGGCGCAAGCAUUUGGUCUGGUCCUAGGCCCGCUGCAACAGGAGUUGGGCUUCGGUGGCCAAGAAUCCGGAAAUAUAUCAAUCGCGUUCUCCUCCGGUCUCACGGCGGGCGCGUUCACAUGGGGCGUGCUCGUAGACAUUAUCGGCCGAAAGUGGGCGUUCAACCUAACAGUGCUGAUCAGUGGCGUCUUCGGCAUGGCACUGGGAGGCUGCAACACUUACACCUCGUUCCUGGUUGUCACGGCUUUUGUCGGUUUCGGUAUUGGAGGUAACAUCCCGAUCGACACGACCAUCUGCCUGGAAUUCAUCCCUCAGAACAAGCGCUUCCUGCUGGCAUUGCUGUCCAUCUUUCAGCCGAUUGGAGUCGUCAUUACGUCUGCUAUCGCCUAUGGCUUCAUUCCGAACUACUCUUGCGAGCCAAACUUUAGCGAAGCUGAUCCCUUACCGUCGUGCAAGACUGUCGCAGACGGAACACCAUGUUGCAGCAAAGCUGAUAAUAUGGGCUGGCGGUAUCUGAUGUUCACUCUUGGAGCCAUCACUCUGGUCGUGUUCAUCGCCCGCUUCAUAGUCUUCACUAUGCAGGAAUCGCCAAAGUAUCUGCUCUAUCGCGGCAACAAUGCGAAAGCAAUCACCGUCCUGGAGAACGUUGCCAACACCAACGGCAGAUCGUGUGGAAUCUCGCUUUCCGACUUUGAUGCUUUGGAUCAAGAAGAUUCCUCGUCUGAAUAUUUCGACGGAGCCAAGAAGCCAUCUUCCAUACGCCAAAACUUUGGCGCCGAGAUGUCGAGAUACAAGCGUCUCUUUUCGGACUGGCAAAUGACUCGCCUGACGAUUCUCGUCUGGCUGACAUAUAUCUGCGACGCUUCGGGCUUCACGCUGGCUGGAACGUAUCUUCCUCUCAUCCUCGCCACCAAAAAUGCGAAAAUCAACCUCGACCUCGAAUUCACAUACCGCUCCUACAUGGCAAUUUACACGCCAGGCAUCGUCGGUGUCGCCAUCGGCGCUUUCAUGUACGGCAUGCCGCACGUCGGACGGAAACUGACCAUGAUGAUCUCUUCCGCGCUGAUGGGCGUUUCGAUCUUCCUCUUCAGCGCAGCGAACAGCCAAGCUUCCAACAUCGGGCUCAACACUAUGGAGUACUUUUUCCAGUCCAUGUUCAAUGCUGUGCUGUACGGGUGGACGCCCGAAGUGUUUCCGGCGCCCGUGAGAGGCACAGCGUGUGGUAUUGCAAGUUUCUGGGGCAGAUUGUUCUCGAUUCUGAGCCCGUUGAUUGCUCAGAAUAUCCUGCCGGAGGAGGGAGUGCGGAAUGAGGAUGCGGUUAGGAAGGUGUUGUAUUUCGCAGGUGGGAUUACACUGGGAUGUGUCGUUACGACGGCAUUAUUGCCGAACAAGAUUUUGGGCAAGCAGAGUUUGUGA